AUGUCUGGUGCCCAGCUCUCCGACCCUAGCCGACUUCCUGGUCUGCACGAAUCACACAUCCACUCACCGCCAUUCAGAAUCAAGUUCAAGGAUGUAUUUGCCCGUCACGUUAAGAAGGGUCAAGAAUUGGUCGCCGGCGAGCCACAAUCUUCCCAACGCUAUACCCCACUUGAAGCAGACCAGCUCUCGCUUGUCUUCGAUGUAUUCACAUCGCCGGAGGAAGACCCACAAUAUGUCACUGACGUCGGUAGUGUCCAUAUCGGUCAGCUUGAGGUCGAUGUUCCGGACUCGGGCAAGGAGCGAGGAGUUUGGGUCAAAAUGAUCUUCGGCGGAGCUGAACUUACUGUGCAUGCAACCGAUGAAAAAACACAAAAGGUGUCCAACGCCAGCUUUGAUUUCCUACAGUGA